AUGGCUCCCCACAACCCAAGCUUCCCAAAUCCACCUCCUCAUAACCCUGCUUGGAUUCCUCCAAAUCCUGCCUUCCCUCCUGGUCCAAACCCAGCCUUCACCCCUGGAAUGAAUCCUGGCAUGCCUGCUACCAUGCCAUACAUGUCUCCAGGGCCCCAUCCUUACCCAGCAGGCCCUGUCGCUCCAGGGUAUCCAGCGCCUGGAUAUCCAGCUCCUGGGUAUCCAGCCGCUGGGUAUCCAGCCGUCCAUGGUCCUUAUGGACCUCACCGUGGUGGGCCACACCGCCACCAUCCCAAAGUUGGAGGCUACCCCUCUCCUCACAGUGCUAUGGGCGGGGGCCUAGCCAGUGGCCUCGCUGUCGCGGGGAUGGCUUUUGGGGGACACAAGAUGAACAAAAAGAUGAAGAAAAAGAUGAAAAAAGGGAAGAUACACAAAGUCCACAAGCAUGGCAAGCAUUCUUCCAGCAGCAGCAGCAGCAGCAGCAGCAGUGACUCUGACUGAAUUUACUGAGAUCAUCUAUUCAUCUUCAGGAGACUUUUAAAGAGCCACUUCAAAAUAUUUAUCAGAUAUUCUGUGUGUG